CCCAAUCCUUAUCAACACUUAAAUUUUAAAACCCCUUUCCGUUUUCUUGCUUUUAUAUAUAUAUAUAUAGAGAGAGAGAGAGAGAGGGAGACCACUCCCUCUUCCCCGCUUUCCUCGCAAACCCUGAACCCACUCCAAACCCUUGAAACCCUUUCGCUUUCGCCAUGAGCGAUAGUAGCGGCGGCGGCGGUGGCGGUGUUGGUAGGGGCAAUGUCGUUCCCGUGUCUCAACUCACGGAUCAAGAACUUCUCCUAGAGAAGCUCGAGGUGUUCCGGAUCCAAGGACGCGACAAGAAGGGCCGCACGAUCCUCCGCAUCGUCGGCAAAUUCUUUCCAGGUCGAGAAUUGGGGGGAGCGAGAGGGGAGGAGGCGUUGAAGGGGUACCUGGAGAAGAGAGUGUUCCCGAGGCUCGGGGAGAGGCCGUUCGUGGUGGUGUACGUGCACACGCGCGUGCAGCGCUGGGACAACUUCCCGGGGGUCGCGGCGCUCCGAUCCGUGUACGAGGCCGUCCCCGCCGCCGUGCGCGCCGCUCUCCAGGCCGUGUACUUCCUCCACCCGGGGCUCCAAGCUCGCCUCUUCUUCGCCACCUUCGGCCGCUUCCUCUUCAGCGCCGGGUUGUAUGGGAAGUUGAAGUACGUGAGUCGACUCGAGUUCCUGUGGGAGCACAUGCGGAAGCGGGAGGUGGAGAUCCCAGAAUUCGUGCACGACCACGACGAGGAGCUCGAGCGCCGUCCGUUGAUGGACUACGGCCUCGAGAGCGAUCACCACCGUAUAUACGACGCCCCCGUGAUGGACUCCGCCGCUUCCAUGUACUCGCUCCGCUGCAUCUCCUAACGACCCAACCCAACCCAAACAACUCCGUUGCCGUUACCGUUGCCGUGAACUCUUUCCGUUCGCUUGGCUUUUAACGCAGUUGGGAGCUAUAAUUGUAAAUAGUACGAAACUCUGAGUAGAAACAGGUUCUCUUUUUUGGGAUGCUUCGAAUGGGUUUGUCCUACGUGGACUGUCGCCGAGCCCUAUAUGGUUAUGUUUGUAAUUUUGGCAUGAAAAUUAAUAGUGUGAACUGAUAUUUAGAUAUGCAGUGUAGCCCUAGCCUGGCUAGGGCUACUAUGUUCUCGCGAGUAUAGCUUUUAUUAUACUCAUAAAUUUUUGACUAUUGAA